ACUCAGAAUAUAAAAAACCGUGAAACGGGAAGGAACAUUACAGAUAACAUUUUUUUUUUUUUUAAGUGUCUUCUUCAUUGAUACGAAUUUUCUUGUGGGGUUUCUUUUUAUAGUUUUAUUAAAUUUUUAUUUUUUAUUUAUUUUUUUUUUUAAUUCAAUUGCUGGGAAUUAACAACCACCAUGAAAUUAGGAAAAUAUGUACCAUUUAUUUGCAUGCUACUUGGGGUAGUACAUUCGGAGGAAAGCAUCGAAAAAGAAUGCGAUUAUUCGCAAUAUUUACAACAAGGUGUUGAUUAUUACGUAUAUAAUCCAGAUUUUCCAGAUUAUUAUACUGGAGAACAUAAUUGCCGAUGGGAAGCUAACAGUAAUACACGUGUACAAUUGAAUUGUUCAUUUUUCGAUGUACCACCGAGUCCAAAUUGUACCAUGGAUUAUUUAAAAGUGAAAAUAAGCGAUGACAUCGAAUAUAAAUUUUGCGGAUUGAAUUCUUUCUCAAUACAAUCCAUUGGAACUCGUAUGGAAAUAAUAUUUCAUUCUAGAUACAACACUUAUGGUGGUAAAUUUCAAUGUACAUUAAGGGCAACCGAAGAGGAAUGUAAAUGUGGUUGGAAAAAUCCGUCAAGAAUAGUGGGAGGUGUUGAAACUGGUGUUAACGAAUAUCCAAUGAUGGCCGGUUUAGUUGAUUUUAGAAAACGCAUUCUUCUUUGUGGUGCAACUAUAAUAACACCGCAACACGUAAUAACGGCAGCCCAUUGUGUUUUAGAUUUUAUCAACAAUUAUGGAGACUUUGGUGUCAUCGUUGGUGAACAUGACGUAACAACAGGUGCCGAUACUAACGUGACGAAAAUUCAUCUGGUCAGUGAAGUAAUCAUUCAUCCUAAUUAUAAACGACGUAUGAAUGAUGUUGCUGUCGUCAAAACAAAAACUCGAUUCGAUUAUUCAAUGAAAGUUGGUCCUGCUUGUUUACCAUUUUAUUACACUCGACGAAGUUUUGUGGGAGAAGUUGUCACAGCCUUAGGUUGGGGUUUACUUAGUUUUAGUGGUGCAAAAUCGGACGUAUUGAUGAAAGUUAAUUUACAUGUUAUUUCAAAUCAUAAAUGUUCUAAUUAUUAUUCUAACAUAAGUGAUAAACAAAUUUGUACCUACGAUAAAGGAAAAGAUGCUUGUCAGUUUGAUAGUGGUGGUCCUGAAUUAUGGCAUAAUCCAAGUACCAAUCGUUUAACUUUACUUGGGGUUAUUAGUUAUGGUAAAACGUGUGCAGAUGAAAAUCCUGGUGUUGCUAUGAGAAUUACCAGUUUUAUGGAUUUUAUUCUUAAAUCGACACCUGGUGAAACAUACUGCAAAGUGUAUUAAAUAACAAACGAACUGCAUGAUUAUCAUAUGACAAAGAUAAAGACAAAGACAAAUACCAAAAAACCAAAAAAAAAAUGAGACUAUAUAUUUUCUUAUUAAAUUAUUAUUUAAAUAAAUAUAAGUAAGAAAAAUAUGUAAAAAAAAAAGUGGGUAUUAGGCUAUUCAUUGUUAAGGAUCGAGGUCAUGACCCUGAUCUGCUAAACGCUCGAUAUUCUCGAUCAUGCGUUUAAGGUUCUGCAGAAA